UCGGUCUAACUGCAUUUGUUUUCAAACUAAGCAGCUGGACUAACGUCUAACAAUGGCUGUAGUAAAUCGUAUCAAAAAUAUGUUAAAUUUGUUUGUAUUGCUGAGUGUGAUUCAUUUAAGUGUAGUUAAAAGUGAAUGUGAUAGUGUUGUGACUUGUUUGAAAGAAUUGUCUGCGAUAAAUGGCUUGGAAACAGUAUCAUCCUAUGAAGAAAUUGCGGGUAAUAGGACUAAAAAAUUUACUACAUAUAUCAAAGAAGUAGGUGAUAACUCUAAUGAUACCUACACUGAAAAUGCAGAAGAUUUGGAUAAAAAGAUUGUAGAGUUCUCUGAAUUAUUAAAAGAGCAACUGACACAAUCGUUAAUUAAAUACGAAUCAGAGAUUUUCAAGAAAUAUGAUGAUAAUAUAACAACCUUAAUCAAAACGUUUGAAGUCCUUGAUGACAGUGAAACUGUGACUGAACCACCAGAACAAUUGAAAACUAAUGUUUCGGUGUUAAAAACUAAAGAUAGUUUAGAAAUUAUUGCAGAUAAUGUUACUUCCAUAGCUGCAUCAUCAAAUAUCAGUAAAGAAGUAAUAAUGCACGAACUCCCUACCAUAAUAUCUUCCACCACGAUAAAAAAUAGUGAUACAUCUGUAAGCCAAACAGAUAACAAAAGUUCAAAGAUGAAUAAAGAUGAUCAAAAUUUACUAGCUGAAUUAUUUGAUCUUAUUACUAUGGGUGCCAGUAAUACAAAAACUAAAAUGAUUAAAACUAUUGAUACAUCUUUGAAUAAUUUGCAGAAAAAUGUAAACACGACAGCAAAUUUUGAAAAAAAAGCUCAUGAAAAACAAAUAUCGACUGAAACAAAAAAUAUCACAAACAUCAUAAAUAUUACAAACAAUUACGACAACAUGAAAAAAGCUGCGACUAAAGGUAACAGUAAAAUUUUAGUUACAAAUAAUAAUAUCACAGUGUUACCAAUAGGUAAAGUCAAUAACGCAAUAAAAGAUUUAAAAAAAGAAACAAAACUUUUAACACAAACAAAUGUAUCCAAUUACAUUCUAACUACAGAAGCGACUUUAGAUGAGGAAAAAAAUGAGAAUGAUGGUAAUGAAACAAUAAACAUUCUUAGCAUUGAUGAUAAGAAUUUGAACAACAUUUAUCAAGAAAAUUACCUAAAGUACAAAUUAAUUGAAGAACAAACACCUGAAGACAAAGAUUUUGUCUAUGAUUUGAUAGCAUUUGACGACAACAAUACUGACUACCCUAAAAUAGAUUAUGUGGAAAUGUAUAAGGAUACGACCAAUGAAGAUAUAGGAUUUACUACACCGAAUUUGAACUUAAUUGCUAAUGAAAAUAAAGAGAUCAUUGAAGAUAUUACUGAAAGUGUUGUGAAUGUAGUAAUAAUACCCUGCCUCGAGAACCUUAAAAACUGCUCUGUGAAUGAAAAUACAAGUGUUGGCGCUGAUAAUUCAACAGGGACACUGACCACAGACAGCUGCGUCACUCGCUCGCGCUCGCGUGACGUCACAAGCGUAUUGUUCCCGUGGGUGGCGGCCAUCUUUGUUCGAGACGUCUCUUCCAGUCGGUACACGUAUGUGUGUGAUGGAGCCGUGCUGUCCCAGUACACUGUGCUUACUGCUGCACAUUGCCUGAGAAAUGGUUCCGUGGUGAUACCACUGAAAGACAUCAUCAUCGUUCUGGGUAAACUCAGCCAAAAAGACAUGGAUGGAAAUGAAAUCUACAAGCCGCGUGACGUCAUCAUCCACAACUCAUACUCCCAAGAUGGCGGCGUGAGACACGACCUGGCUCUACUGGUGACGGAGACCCGUAUAGAAUACCGCGAGAAACGCGUGGAGCCCGCCUGCCUCCCCCACGGAGAGACUGAGGCUAUUGAAGCUGUGUCUACGGGGUGGAACAUCUCCGGAGAUCUGAUCCCGAUCCCGUUCCGCGGAGGACACAACGAUGACUGCCUUCAGGAACACGAGAAGCAAUCCAAGAAUGUAUUCUGCAGCACCUACCUUUCAGAUAUAACCACAUGUCCAAGCUACGGUGGCAUUUACGCCGAGCGUCUCAGAGACGGGGUGUGGUACCUCCGAGGGAUCCAAACAGCUGAUGAGAUCAACCAGAGGUUCUGCGUGAAUAGGAAUGUCAGAUAUACAGAUCUGACGAAGUAUGCCGAUUGGUUGCGAUUAAAUGUGGUUUGAGUUUGAAA